CUCAGCAUAGAGGACCGCGGAGCUGCAAAGGAGUUCCUGGACUCUCUGAGUAGCACGCUGCUGCAGUAGAAGAUCCUCUCAGGAUGCUCCUCGCUGGGAGCCUCGGGUGGCUGCUCGGUGGUUUGUGUCUGGUCUCCGUGUUCGGGUGUGGAUGUCUGCUGGACUCCGGUCUGCUGUUCCCUCGGGAGUCUUCCUCCAGAGAGAUAAAGCAGCUGGACGGACUGUGGAGCUUCAGGGCGGACAAGUCUCCAACCAGGAACCAGGGCUUCGACAAGACUUGGUACAAGAGUCGACUGAGAGAGACCGGCCCAGUGAUUGACAUGCCAGUUCCUGCCAGCUACAAUGACAUCACCCAGGACCCCACGCUGAGAGAUUUCACUGGCUGGGUGUGGUACGAGCGAGAGGUGGUGGUGCCCGCCCGCUGGAUCGCCGAUGAAGGAACAAGAGUGAUCAUCAGAGUGGGAAGUGCUCACUAUUAUUCUGUAGUGUGGGUGAACGGGGUGAAAGUGACAGAGCAUAACGGCGGUCAUCUUCCUUUUGAGGCUGAGAUAGGCGGUGUACUCCGCAGUGACACAACUCAGCCGUGCAGGAUCACCAUCGCUGUCAACAACACUCUGAAACCGGACACGCUUCCUCCGGGAAACAUCAAAUACAUGGACGACCGCACCAAGUACCCUGAUGGAUUUUUUGUGCAAUACUACUACUUUGAUUUCUUCAACUACGCCGGCAUACAUCGUUCUGUAUUGCUGUACACUACUCCUAAGGCUUAUGUGGAUGACAUCACCGUGGUGACUGACUUCUUGGAUAACACUGGUCUAGUUAAAUACAUGGUAUCAGUGAAAGGUGCUGCCACACCCGCCCUGAAGGUCACUCUGAUGGACAAAGAUGGCCACUGUGUGGCCUCCUCCAGCGCGCCAUCUGGAGUGCUCAAAGUAACAGAUGUCAAUCUGUGGUGGCCGUACUUGAUGCAUGAGAAUCCAGGUUACCUUUACUCCAUGGAGGUUCGCCUGAUGGCAGCCGAUAACAGAUCUACGCCUGAGGAUGUGUAUACUCUACCUGUUGGCAUCCGCACGGUCAAGGUUACCAGCACACAGUUCCUCAUCAACAACAAGCCCUUCUAUUUCCAUGGAGUCAAUAAACACGAGGACUCUGAUAUUCGAGGUAAAGGCUUCGACUGGCCCCUGAUCGUCAAGGACUUUAACUUAAUGAAGUGGAUGGGGGCCAACUCGUUCCGCACCAGCCACUACCCCUACGCUGAGGAGAUCCUGCAGAUGUGUGACCGCCACGGCAUCGUGGUGAUAGAUGAGUGCCCGGGGGUGGGCAUCAAAGACAUUCGCAGUUUUGGAAACGCCUCCCUGACCCAUCACCUGGCCGUCAUGGACGAGCUCGUACGUCGGGACAAGAACCACGCCUCCGUGGUCAUGUGGUCAGUAGCCAAUGAGCCGGCUUCAGAGAUGCCCCCCGCUGAAUUCUAUUUCAAGACCUUGAUAAAACAUACCAAAUAUCUGGAUCCAACCCGGCCUGUUACUUAUGUCACAGACAGUAACUAUGCCAGGGACAAAGGGGCUCCCUAUGUGGAUGUAAUCUGCGUUAACAGUUACUUCUCCUGGUACCACGAUUCAGGCCACCUGGAGCUCAUCACCCUCCAGCUCAACACACAGUUUGAGAACUGGUAUGGAAAGUACCAGAAGCCCAUCAUCCAGAGCGAAUACGGAGCGGAUGCGGUGGCAGGGCUUCACAGCGAUCCGCCCAUGAUGUUUAGUGAGGAGUACCAGAACCAAGUCCUGCGGAGCUACCACGAAGUGUUCGACCAGAAGAGGAAGCAGUACGUCAUCGGUGAACUCAUCUGGAACUUUGCAGACUUCAUGACUGCACAAGGGCUCACCCGCGUGGUGGGGAACAAGAAGGGUGUUUUCACCAGGCAAAGGCAGCCCAAACAGGCAGCAUUCAUCCUGAAGGAGCGGUACUGGAGACUGGCAAAUGAAACGGGCACACUACCUCCCUGGACCAAGUACCCCUGCUCACUCUGAGCACCCAUUCCAGGACAGGCAUGUAAACACUAUGCCUCAUGGGAGAAAAUUGCUGGUUUGAUUCCGUCAGUUUCUUGAGGCAGGUUAGUUAAGCACAUAUAGAACACUUCAAUCAUUCGUAAUCUGAAACCAUUUCAAUGUGUACACAUAUGAUCAAACCACCGUGAAAUUCUGCUCUGCUUCUCCUGUCGUCUACAAUUAUGAACUAAACCACCAACACUAGGAUCAUUUUUUUCCCCAUCAAUCUGGAAUAUUUUCAUUUCAAACAUAAAAGCAAUUUCUUCUAGUGCCUCACCAAUAGUGCAAUUCAUGUGUUACAAUAAUAAUUAUAAUUGUGAUAUGAUUUCCUUUGGAUACCCCUGACUGUAAGACUUUAUUUGGUUGUUACGGGAUAUCCUGAUACACAUUUUUAGUGCCUUCCACUGUUAUCAUAAAAAGGUCAAGGUUAAGGUCAAAAUCUGUCAUCAGUGAUUAGCUGUCACCUUUCCUCCAGUCAGAUGAUAGGAGUACACCUACGCAUCACAUUACAAAGACACUGUACAGGAAGGAAGUUACCACACUUAUUUCCUCUAUUUCCCUGUCCUCCAUGUGUUUGGGACACAUUUUCUCAACUAAACGCAUAAAAUAGCAGUUUGAUAUAAAAACUGUGCUGGAAUCCGCUGUCAUUUCUGAGCAUUUAGCGUGAGCGUGUUUUAGCUUUUGUCAAGGAUAAAAGCACUUAAUACAUGUACUGUUAAUGUGAAUCGCAAUGCGGAUUGUAAUCAUAAGUGUUUUAUUUUUAUAAAUGAAAAUGAAGUGAAAGAAAAUCUUGAAAAAUUUUAUAUGAAUCAAUCUAAUAAAGAAAAAAGAUUUACU